AUGAUUGAGGGAAUGGUGAAGGAUGGUGUUAUUGAACCUUCAUCGAGUCCAUGGUGUUCACCUGUGGUGCUGGUAAAGAAGAAGGACGGCAGCAUGCGGUUUUGUGUUGACUACCGCCGCCUGAACGACGUUACGAAGAAGGACAGCUAUCCCUUGCCUAGAAUUGAUGACACGCUGGAUAUGCUCACAGGCGUAAAGUGGUUUAGUACGCUGGACCUGAAAAGUGGCUACUGGCAGGUUGAAAUUGACCCUAAGGACAAGGAGAAAACUGCAUUUUCCACAGGAAAGGGUCUGUGGCAAUUUAAAGUCAUGCCGUUUGGGUUAUGCAAUGCUCCAGCAACGUUUGAAAGGUUGAUGGAGCUUGUACUUACCGGGCUAAUUGGAGAUGCCUGUCUCGUCUAUUUGGAUGACAUCAUCAUCGUAGGCCGUACGUUUGAGGAGCACCUUCAAAACCUGGAACGCGUGCUCAUGAAGAUCCAGAGUGCCAACCUCAAGUUGAGUCCAAAGAAGUGCUCACUAUUCAAACGGCAAGUUAGUUUUUUGGGGUAUGUAGUGUCGGAAGAAGGUAUCCGCACGGAUCCAGAGAAAAUUGCUGCUGUCAAGGAGUGGCCGGUCCCAAAAGACAAGACACAGGUUAGAGCAUUUUUAGGUUUGUGCUCUUAUUAUCGGCGAUUUGUGAAGAACUUUGCAGAUAUAGCCAAACCUCUGCACAAGCUAACCGAGGAGAAGCGACAAUUCUGCUGGGAUGAAAGUUGCGAUAUUGCAUUCCAGGAGCUCAAGAACCGCCUGUGCAAAACACCUAUUUUGGGGUACCCUGAUGCGGGCAAGGAAUUCAUAGUUGACACAGACGCAAGUGAUAUAGGACUUGGCGGUGUGUUGUCUCAACGGAAUGGUGAUCAAGAGAUUGUGAUAGCGUACUUCAGCAAGUCGUUGUCAAAGCCGGAAAGGAACUAUUGUGUCACAAGACGGGAAUUGCUUGCUGUGGUAAAGUCCUUGCAGCAUUUUAGCAAAUAUCUUCUAGGGCGGAAAUUCCACUUACGAACUGACCAUGCUGCACUGAAAUGGCUAUUGCAGUUCAAAAAUCCGGAAGGACAAGUUGCGAGAUGGAUAGAACUACUGCAGGAAUACGACUUUGUGAUCGAACAUCGCAGCGGGAAAUCUCAUGGCAAUGCAGAUGCAUUGUCAAGAAGACCUUGCCCUGAAGAUUGCAAGCAUUGUACUAGGCAAGAGGGUAAGGAAGUGGUAUCUGUGAGAAGCUCAGGACAGACCAGCUCAGCAAUGAGUGGAAGGACAGCUUACAACAUGCACAGCAGGAAGAUUCGGACAUUAAGCCGAUUCUGGAAUGGAUGA